AUGGGUGCUUUCUUCAUUGGGUGGCAGCUAUGGGAGGAAAUGACAUUCGUUUUAGCAUGCUGUAUAGUGUUAGUCUUUGCCUUUGGGCUUGUAAGACUAUGGUGGACCAACCGUAAAAUUGCGAGGCUCGAAUUGAUAGACGAAGAACGGCGCGUACGACUGGCAGAGAUGCGGUACUGCGGUAUCAACGCACGCGGCAUCAACGAUAUUCCCUUUGGGGUGCGCGCAAUACAAAAGGGCAUCCAGGUUGAGGGCAUCUGGAUAUCAAGGCCUAACACGCCCGAUGCCAGCCACGUCACCGCCUCGCCCACCCUUGUUGGC